CUGUGGGCCGUGAGUCGGCGGAGGGCGACCUUCCUGUGGCCUCGGGUGUGGGGCCCCUGCUUUGUAAUGUCUGAGGUGUCAGUGGGUGCGGACAAGAGGGGAGACAACACUCCACAGCGAUGCGAUUCAGAGGAAGAAAAAAAUUCAGUGUAUUCCACCACAGCCCACUGUCCAGCGUAAAAGAGAAGCAUUCUAGCUUUAGGUUUUUGCCCUCAUUACUCUUGCUCCGGAACUAGAAGGUCCGCGGAAAGGGACGUAGAUCUCAUAGGUCCAAAUCAGAUCCGACUACACACACAUUCUGCAUCUUUUUCUCUUUAAUCAUGUGUCUGACGUCGUCGUGCCAUUCAGAGAAGCCCAACUGGGAUUACCAUGCUGAAAUACAGGCAUUUGGACAUCGGUUACAGGAAACCUUUUCCUUAGAUCUUCUCAAAACUGCAUUUGUUAAUAGCUGCUAUAUUAAAAGUGAGGAGGCCAAACGCCAGAAACUUGGAGUAGAAAAAGAAGCUGUUCUUCUGAAUAUUAAAGAUAAUCAAGAACUAUUUGAACAGGGGUCAUCUUUCUCAAAAGCUUGCCUCACACAGUUUCUUGAGGACGCAUUCCCAGACUUGCCCACUGAAGGUGUUCAAAGUCUUGUUGACUUUCUCACUGGUGAGGAAGUCGUGUGUCACGUGGCUAGAAACCUGGCUGUGGAGCAGUUAACGCUGAGUGCAGAAUUUCCAGUGCCCCCGACUGUAUUACAGCAGACUUUCUUUGCCGUAAUUGGAGCCCUGCUACAGAGCAGCGGACCUGGGAGGACUGCACUUUUCAUCAGGGACUUCUUAAUUACUCAACUGACUGGGAAAGAACUCUUUGAGAUUUGGAAGGUCAUCAAUCCCAUGGGGCUACUGGUGGAAGAAUUGAAGAAAAGGAAUAUUUCAGCUCCUGAACCGAGACUUACCAGGCAGUCUGGAAGCACCACAGCUGUGCCUCUGUAUUUUGUUGGCUUAUACUGUGAUAAAAAGUUGCUUGCAGAAGGACCUGGGGAGACAGUCCUGGUUGCAGAAGAAGAAGCUGCUAGAGUGGCACUGAGGAAACUCUACGGAUUCACCGAGAACAGACGGCCUUGGGACUAUUCCAAACCCAUAAAGAAUUUCAGAGCAGAAAAGACCAUCACUGCCGGCUAGCCAGCCAAACAUGUGGGAACCUGAAAGUUGUAAGCAAAACUUUGAGACAAGAGUCAGAUGUCCAAACCUUUACAUUUUUCAAAUUGUAAAGAAAUAUGUUUUAUUCCUUAUACCGAGUUCCUAAAAGUAAACAAGUAUUCAUCAGGGCACAGGUUUUGUUUUUUUAAAAAUAAUUUUCGUUUCAUCAUCGUUUUUGAUGUUUUCCCAAUAAAUUUUUUCUAGGUCCUUGGUUUUAUUAUUGUAUAUGACUUGUACAAUUAGGUGUAUUUUAUUCCCUUCUAGCUUUGAGGUAUAAUUUGAAUGUAUUUUUUUUCUUUUUCUUUGUUUUAUGUGAACUUCACUGUAAUACCAAUAAAAAAGGUACUCUUUCUCUAA